CGGCUCAGCCGAUCGCGCCGCCGGCUGCGGCUGCGCAGGCGCCAAGUGGAUCCCAGCGGGCUCCCGGCUGUGGGGCUGGAACUUGUGGGAGGAGAGGCUGCAGUCCAGUCUGGCCAGAGGGACACUGGUUGUGGCAUUUCUCCAGCUGCUCCCCAGAAAAAGGGAGGGAGGAGCCUCUGGGGCCUACAGGCCUGGCCACUGACCCUCGGAGUGCCCAGCCCCGGCUUACCCUUGUGCCCACAAGUCAAGGGGCUGCAAAUCUUUAACCAUUCACGUUGCUCAUUAACCGGGAGGUAGGUAGGAGUCCAGACUCAGCCUCACUCGGGGGCAGAGAGCAGCUGGGCCUCAGGCUCCUGCAGAGAUGCUGGCCCCCCGAGUCUGGUCAUCGUUGAGGCGGGGGCUGAGCAGGGCCUUGUCCAAGAACAUAGGGGGUUGGGCCUCAGGGGAGGGAAGGAAGGUGGACAUCGCCGGCAUCUACCCCCCUGUGACCACCCCCUUCACGGCUACCAAAGAGGUGGACUAUAGGAAACUGGAGGAGAACCUGCACAAACUGGGUACCUUCCCCUUCAGAGGCUUCGUGGUCCAGGGCUCCAACGGCGAGUUCCCCUUCCUGACCAGCAGUGAGCGCCUGGAGGUGGUGAGCCGCGUGCGCCAGGCCAUGCCCAAGGACAAGCUGCUGCUGGCUGGCUCCGGCUGCGAGUCCACUCAAGCCACGGUGGAGAUGACGGUGAGCAUGGCCCAGGUGGGGGCCGAUGCUGCCAUGGUGGUGACCCCUUGCUACUACCGUGGGAGAAUGGGCAGCGCAGCCCUCAUUCACCACUACACCAAGGUUGCUGACCUCUCUCCAAUCCCUGUGGUGCUGUACAGUGUCCCAGCCAACACGGGGCUGGACCUGCCGGUGGAGGCGGUGGUCACACUUUCCCAGCACCCGAAUAUUGUGGGCAUCAAGGACAGCGGUGGUGACGUGACCAGGAUCGGGCUGAUUGUUCACAAGAUCAGGAGGCAGGAUUUCCAGGUGUUGGCGGGAUCGGCUGGCUUCCUGCUGGCCAGCUAUGCCUUGGGAGCCGUGGGGGGCGUGUGUGCCCUGGCCAAUGUCCUGGGGGCUCAGGUAUGCCAGCUGGAACGACUCUGCCUCACGGGGCAAUGGGAAGAUGCCCAGAAGCUGCAGCACCGACUCAUUGAGCCAAACACUGCGGCCCCUGCUUCUCAGGUGACCCGGCGAUUCGGGGUCCCAGGGCUGAAGAAGACCAUGGACUGGUUUGGCUACUACGGAGGCCCCUGCCGGGCCCCGUUGCAGGAGCUGAGCCCAGCCGAGGAGGAGGCACUGCGCAUGGAUUUCACCAGCAACGGCUGGCUCUGAGAACCAGGAGGGCCGAGCCCAGCCUGAGCCCGUCUCAGCCACCUGCCUUGCACCUGCAGCCUGAAGAGCAGCAUUGGGGAACCAGGGGCUAGAGGCUCCUUUCCCCAUUCCAGCCCCCCAGGUAGCCUCUCAUCGGGCACUGCUGCUCACAUCUCCCAUUCUCACAGUUUGUGACCUCUCACGUUUGUAUCUUAAACUCCGUGUCUCUAGAGAUCCUCGGUCUGAGGAGAAACCAUUUCUUCCUGUGGAUGCUUUCCUGACCCCCAAGAUCCAUGAAGCAAGAGCCAGAUGGGAAGGGUAGGCUGGCAAUCGGGCAUAGGAAGGAAGUUUGUGUUGCUGGAGGAAAGACAACUCAUAAACUUGAGGUUAUAAACCUGAGACUAGCACAAUGCAGCUGGAAGCCAGGGCUACUCCUCAGAACGUAAAUUCUGACUUCAGCCAGGGGCAGUGAUAGGUUAGGAAACCUGAUCGGGAAAGUGCCAUUGGUCUUUGAAAGGCCCCCACACUGCAUUCCGGUCACACUGCCCUUUCUUAAAUCUGUUUUCAUUCAUCUCUUGUCCUUGUCUUUAGCCUUGGAGCCCAGCCAUGUAAAAGCUAGGAGUGCACUAAGACAGCCCAGUGGCUCUCCAGAAUUGCUAAAUAAUGACACCUGGUGGAUAAAUGUUACCUUCUGGAAGACGAUUCUAGUGAGCCCAGGUCUGAAACACUCGGGAGGGGACUUGUCCCGAGACAGGACGAUCCUCUUGCCUAUAGGCACUCUGCUUUUAUUGUUGAAAACAAUCACUUGGUUACUGCAAUAAAGUUUAAUAAGUAAAA